AAAAAAAAAAGAGGAGGAGAAGAAAGAAAAAACAAAUAGUAGAAAAGUCAUCAUUUGCCAGGCAACUUAGGACAGACAACGCUUUGAAUCUUUCUCCAUUUCUCCAAUUCUAGCGUUGUCUAUCCUAUUGUCUCCUCAAGAAUCUUCAAAGAAACCCCAUUACCCUAAUUCUCAAAUAAUCAUUUUUUCAAUUCUUUUUCUUUGUUGUUGUUGUUGUUGUUUACAAAGUUAUCAAUUCAAUGGGUACACCAGAAUUCCCAAAUCUUGGGAAGCAUUGUUCUGUUGAGGAUUGUAGGCAGAUUGAUUUCUUGCCUUUUACCUGUGAUUGCUGUUUCAAGGUGUAUUGUUUAGAUCAUCGAAGCUAUAUUAGACAUCAGUGUCCAACGGCUAACAAGAAUAAUGUUACAGUGGUCAUUUGCCCGCUCUGUGCAAAAGGGGUACGCCUAAAUCCUGUUGAAGACCCAAAUAUAACUUGGGAAUCGCAUGUGAACACCGAGUGUGAUCCAUCGAACUAUGAGAAAGCCACAAAGAAAAAAAAAUGUCCUGUGCCUCGCUGCAAAGAGCUUUUGACUUUCUCCAACACAAUCAAAUGUCGGGAUUGUACUGUCGAUCAUUGCUUGAAGCACCGGUUUGGACCUGAUCACAGCUGCCCAGGACCUAAGAAACCAGAAGCUACUUUCCAGUUCAUGAACUUUCUGAAUGGAAGUAAAGAAGAAUCGAAGAAAGCUCAGCCCACGACGACCUCAAGGUGGACCACGAGCCUUUUAAAGGUAGUAUCAUCUGUAAAGGAAAAGUUCAACAAUGAAUUUAAUCAACCACAGCAGACGGGGCAAAGCAGCCGCGCCACCAACCACAGUGUUACUACUAACAACAGCAGUCAAGUAGAGCCAUGCCCACAAUGUCAUCUGAGAUUUUCUACAGUCAGAGCUCUCAUCGACCACGUGCAGAAAGUACACGAGAAGAAUGGUGUUAUGAACAUGACAAUCGAUGUCUGCCCGAGGUGUAGUAAAGGUUUUCGAGAUCCUGUUGCCCUUGUGGAACAUGUUGAAAGGGAACAUAAAGGAAGUUCUAUGUAAAGAAGCAAACAACAACACACCAGUAGGAUGUAUACAAACCUUACUCCUACUUUUGCGAGGGUAGAAAGGUUGUUUCCAUUUUUUUCUAUGUAAAGAAGCAAAAGUACAUAAUAUCUUUAUCUUGUUAAUUAUUUUUCAGAAAAAAGUCUACUCAUUCUUACAAGAUUUACAUGUGAUUUGAGGUUGAUUGAAGAUCAAUAUGACUUUGAUUUUUUUUUUC